AUUGCAAAUUGGCCAGAACAGGUCCUCCAGCCACAAUAGUUCCUAUUGAUGAAGAAAGUCGGAACGGCACUAUCCUGGUUGACAAUAUGCUGAUCAAAGGGACAGCAGGAGGGCCGGACCCCACCAUUGAACUCUCCUUAAAGGACAACGUAGAUUACUGGGUGAUCCUCGAUCCUAUCAGCCAGAUGUUAUACCUAAAUAGCACUGGCCGAAUUCUGGACAGAGACCCACCGAUGUCUAUUCAGUCCAUUGUGGUGCAAGUCCAGUGUGUUAACAAAAAGGUUGGCACCGUUAUCAACCAUGAAGUACGGAUUGUGGUGAGAGACAGGAACGAUAACUCGCCUCGGUUCCAGCAGCAGCGGUACUAUGUGGCAGUAAAUGAGUUAACUCCAGUUGGAACAACCAUCUUUACAGGAUUUUCUGGAAACAAUGGUGCUACUGACAUUGAUGAUGGUCCGAAUGGCCAGAUAGAAUAUGUCAUCCAGUACAAUCCUAAUGACAAGACUUCCAACAGGACCUUUGAUAUUCCACUCACUUUGUCCGGAGCAGUAGUUCUACGGGAAAGACUAAAUUAUGAAGAAAAGACUCGUUAUUUUGUCAUUAUUCAAGCAAAUGACCGAGCCCAAAAUCUGAAUGAGCGAAGGACAAGUACAACCACCCUGACAGUAGACGUGCUUGAUGGGGAUGAUUUGGGACCAAUGUUUCUUCCUUGCGUCUUGGUGAAUAAUACUCGUGACUGUAGACCUCUCACCUACCAAGCAAGCUUGCCAGAACUGACUGAUCCUGCACGUGUGAAUCCCAUCAGUGUCACUCCACCCAUACAAGCCAUAGAUCAGGACCGAAACAUCCAGCCUCCUUCUGAUCGACCGGGCAUCCUCUAUUCCAUCCUAGUUGGUACUCCUGAGGAUUAUCCACACUAUUUCCAUAUGAAUCUCACAACAGCUGUACUCACACUCCUAAAGCCCAUAAACAGGGAUUUGCACCAGAAGUUUGACUUGGUUAUUAAGGCUGAACAAGACAACGGCCAUCCGCUUCCUGCCUUUGCCAAUCUGCAUAUUGAAGUCCUUGAUGAGAACAAUCAGAAGCCUUAUUUCACAAGAUCUACAUAUGAGGGCUUCAUCCUCGAAUCCUCCCCAGUGGGAACGACCGUCUCUGAUAACCACAAUCUGACUUCUCCACUACAAAUCGUAGUGUUGGACAACGAUGUAGAGGAG